AAGCAGAGAAGUCAGGGAGAGCGCAAUGGCAGGGAAGAGGAGGUGGGAGGACAUGGAGAUGGACUGCUUGGUGGCGAUCUUGCAGAGGCUCGGCCUGCAGGACUUGACGCUGAGCGUGCCGUUGGUGUGCCGGUCAUGGCGGAAGGCCUCUCUCCACCCCCUCUGCUGGCGAGUACUAAACUUGCGGGACUUGGACUUCAUGCCGUGGGGUGAUUUGACCAAGAGCUUCAUGGCAGAGUACCGCCUCCAGAGAUUCUUCUUCUCGGGCUUCUUAAAGCUCGCCGUGGCGAGGGGCAAUCGUUUGGUGGAGGAGAUCAUGUUCCCUCUCCUGUUUGGCACCUCCAUGCAGGACCUGUUCUUUGUUUCUGACGAAUGCCCGAGACUGAAGAAGCUUGUGCUGCCGAAUCUCUCGCCGGCAGAUGAGGCAGACAUCCCAAAGCUCGUAGGAAAAUGGAAGGACCUCGAGCAGCUUGAGAUGGAGGCAAAACCAUCUUCUUUCUUGGAGAUGCUCUCAGAAAUCAAUCUGCAUUGCAAGAAGUUUAGUGGACUCAAAAUGUGCGGUUCUAUCAAAAAGGAAGACAUGUUGGCCAUCGUUAAUCUUCUUCCAAAGCUCAAGUUUUUGUGCCUCAGCAAGUCAUACUUGCCCAGGGAGCAACUACUGGGGAUACUGAGUGGCUGUAAGGAACUGCAGAGAUUGACUGUGAGGGACUGCAUGGGAUUUGAAGCUGAUGAAGAGGUAAAGAAAAGAGGUUUAGGCAUCAAGAUUUUCGAGCAUGAGGGUUCCAAAUUGUUCGAUGAUUUCGAUUAUAAUUCAGAUGAAUGUGAUCCAUUGUAAA